CUAUGAAAUCUAGUGCAAAUGAAUCCUAUGGAAAAAUUCCUAUGGUUCACAAUCCUAUGAAUCAAACAACCCACAUAGGAAAAAUUCCCAAGGAUUAGAAUCCUUCAAAAUUCCUUUGAGAAUCCUUUGAAUCAAAGAAGCCCUUAACUGGGGGUAGCACUGUAGUUUUCAUGGGGCUAUCUAUAUACACCACGGGUACGUACGUUGACGAUCGAUCGAGCCUCGGUCGGUCAUCACAACAUAUACCACUUCGCCGUGAUUGCUGAUCAAUCAGUUAGCAAAUCGAACUAGUUGUAGCCGCGAAAAGCAAGCUUAAUUUGAUGGAUCUAUCGUUCGGCCCGUCGGUCAUGGCGUCUACGUCGUCUUCCUCCGAGCUGCCGGACGGAACAGUCCUAGUCCCCGCUCCGCUCGUCCACGUCGCCUUCAACCAGCACGGCACGCACUUCGUCGCGGCCACGGCCACCGACUUCCACGUAUUCUCCUGCCACCCCCUCGAGCGCGUCAUGCGCCGGCGUGGCUCCGGCGGCUGCACGUUCAAGGUGACCUCCGCCCAGCUGCUCACGCGGUCUCAGCUGGCCGUCGCGACGCGGAGGCCCAGCGCCGUCAGCGGCGCCGUCGACGGACACGUCAUCGACUUCUGGAACGGCAUGUGCAAGCCCAAGGACGCCAGGACCAACACCGUCAGGAGCCUGUGCGGCGCCGUGGGCGGCUUCCGCCUGCGGGGCGACCACAUGCUCGUCGCCGGCGAGGGGACGGCCACGCUGUUUGACGGCGUCCACUGGGAGAAGGAGGUGACGACGGGGCCCAACCCGCUGGGGCUGUGCGCCAUGGAGGAGCCGAAUGGGCCUGCGACGCUCGUCUACGCCCUGCCGCUGCCGGAGGCGGGAAUGGUGCAGGUCCGCCGGCGCGGCAGGGCCAGCAGCGUCAGCGUGCACGCGCACGGCUCGGGCGUGGCGUGCCUCGCGCUGUCCCCCGACGGACGGCUGCUCGCCACCGCCGGCACCCGAGGCACGCUCCUGCGCAUCUUCAGCACCGCCGACGGCACAAAGCUGCAAGAGCUGAGAAGAGGCACCGAAGGGGCAGACAUCCACUGCAUCGCCUUCUCCCACGACUCCAAAUGGUUAGCGGUGUCCAGCGACAAGGCAACGGUGCACGUUUUUAGCAUCAAUGACUUUAACCUCACAAGCUCCACUCUCGAGGAAGACCAUGCCAGCAAUGACCUUCUGGCGGCACCACUAGUACUACCAUCUUCUCCCGCACCCGCAACAACCAACCAGAUCUCGUCACGCAUGUCAUUUUUGAAAGGCUACCUGCCGACGUAUUUCAGCUCAAAGUGGUCGUUUGCCCAGUUCCGGAUCCCUAACGCCUGGACCAAGUUCUACCGCUGCGAGUUCGAUCCGGUGAAAGGAGGCGACAUGGUGCCGGGGGUGUACCACGAGAACUUCAUGGACCUGUGA